ACAAGAAUUAAGGAAAGAUUUUCAAAAUGGAGUCUGUAAGACCGGAUAAGCCAAACCGAUGCACUUGGAGACCAAAUGCAACAAACACUCCCCAUACAAAACACAGCAACGCUCUGAUGGUAUGCACUGAAAAUUUCUAUGGACAAUGUGACAUUGAUAUGAUAUAAAGAUAAAAAAUAAAGGGAAACAAUUAUUAAUAUUAGAUUUUUAAUUCUUCGCAUUUGCGUGGUUCUCUUGAAGAAACACUGAAUGAAAAUCCAAAAUGUACUUCAUUUAAUUUAUUGGCUAAUCAUAUAUAUCGUCCAAUGGAUCAGAAAAAGGUAUUACCAAACAUUUUAGAAGCGAUUGGUCAAACUCCGAUGGUGCGUCUCAACAAAAUAUCAAAGUUACACGGAAUAAAAUGCGAAUUAUUGGUCAAAUGUGAAUUCAUGAAUCCAGCGGGAUCUAUGAAAGAUAGAAUAGCCUAUCGGAUGAUUAAAGAUGCGGAAGAAAAAGGAAUAUUAAAACCAGGUGACACGAUUAUUGAACCUACGAGUGGAAAUACAGGAAUUGGUUUAGCAAUGGUAGCUGCUGUGAAAGGUUACAAAUGCGUUACAGUAAUGCCUCAAUGGAUGUCAAAUGAAAAGCAAUAUACGAUUCAGGCUCUGGGCGCCGAAGUCGUAAGAACUCCAGUCGCAGGCGCAUGGGAUAAUCCUGAGGGACCUUUUGUAGUUUCGGCAAAACUGCACAAAGAAACGCCAAACAGUGUUAUUCUUAACCAGUACACAAAUAGUUCCAAUGCAUUGGCCUAUUACGACGGCACAGCCACAGAAAUUUUGGAACAGACCGAAGGGAAAAUUGACUACUUCGUUGCAGGAUCUGGAACUGGAGGGACGCUUACUGGCAUUGCUCGCAAAUUUCGAGAAUUGUCACCUCGAACGAAAAUAAUUGCUGUUGACCCAGAAGGAAGCACUGUUGCAGAUCCUCCAGAACUAAACGAAUCGUCCGUCACUUCUUGGGAAAUAGAGGGAAUAGGCCACGUUUAUGUUCCUACGAAUAUGGAUAAAUCUGUGGUAGAUAUGUGGAUAAAAUCAAAUGAUCGCGAAUCUUUCCUAGUGGCUCGAAGUCUAAUUCGAGAUGAGGGUUUACUCGUUGGAGGAAGUUGUGGAGCAGUUGUAUCUGCUGCUCUAAAAUUGGCAAAAGAUCUACCAGCAGAUAAGCGAGUUGUGAUUUUAUUACCGGAUGGGAUUCGAAAUUAUAUGACGAAAUUCGUUUCGGACUACUGGAUGGAGAGCAGAGGUUAUUUGAGCCCUCCAGAGCCAAUUGAAAGUAACCGCUUGUGGUGGAAUCUUCCGCUUUCGAGUAUUCAAUUAAAUAAUUCUUCUACACUUCCCGAAAAUUCGACUUGCGAAGAGGUAAUGAAUAUAUUCCAGGGAAAAAAACUGCAUCAAGUUUCGAUAAUUAAUACAAAAAAUGAGGUUGUAGGAGUCGUAACAUCAAACGAGAUUCUAAGCAAUUUAAUAUCGGGCAAAAUAAAUAAAACCGAACCUGUUGAUAAAAUCAUCUGUAGACAAUUUCGAAAAGAAAAUUUAGAAACCCCCCUCGGUAAAAUUUCGAGGAUUCUCGAGCACGAAAAUUACGCAGUUGUGUUAGAUAAAAGUAAAAAGGAUAUAUUCGUAGGAAUUAUCACACAAAUCGAUUUGUUAAACUUCAUCAACAAUAGCACGUGAAAGAUAAAAUUCCAAGUUCGAUUUUGA